AUGUACAGUAGGAAAUCAGUACAGGAUGAAAAUGCGUUUCUGGCGCCUCUGAAGGGUCGAAAGAUCGCCCGCGUGCCUCUAGGAAGCAAGGACCGUCGUCAACCACUUUUACAAAAGUCCCAAUCUAGCCUUAAUACCCUUGAUCGUCCUUCGAAGCCACAACUUACCAAAUCUAACCUGGUUUUAGGGGUCACUGAAGGGCUGAAAAAGUACGAAUCUCGCCCUGAGCAGUUGCAUGUUGAACAGAAAGCUUUUUUUCCGGAAGUUUCUGGUCUGAACGCCUUUGAAGGGCACCAGUUGAUACCAAAAGAUAACGUUCCAGUUGAUGUUCUGACUCAAGUAGCACCGGAAAUAAGCGCAGAAAAUGCUGUUACAACUCCCCUGAGCACUUCUGUGCGCCAAAAUGCUAUGCUUACUCCCGAUUCCCACGAUUUUUCAUACACAGAUUCCAUUCCGAAACCAAAUAUCGCCCCUAAACCACCACUUGCAACCUCGCUCCGCGAUACAUUCUCUUCACGAACAAAGCAGCUUGACGCUGUCAAUGUUAUCGACCGCGAUCUCCAGCGUUCAAACGUCGAUCCUAUCAAAAAGGUCCCCGUUGAAUCGCGGUCAAUUGUAGUUCCCCAGGAUUUGAUUGAUGAUGAAACCAGUGUGGAGACGAUCCCACAACGGCCAAGAAUGAAAACCCCCUCCGACUUGGACGAGUUAUAUGAAAUACCCGGCGGACACCACUAUCAAAGUGAGGUAACUGGGGCCAUGGAAGAUAUUGAUCUUGAUGAUCCUCGUAACUUUGGAUUCGACGAAACCAAUGAACCGGAAAAUAUUGGCAUGACGGUGGACGAAUUGAACGACUUGCUAGAUAUGUAA